AAACACAUAAUAUUGUUGGCAGGAACAGAAAGAUCAAAGAAAAACUCUCAAUUUCUCAAAGACUGAAAGAGAGAGAGAGAGAGAGAGACAGCAAAAGCAUCUCUCUUUCUUGGAUCUCUCAAAGUAAUGAUCCAUUAAUUCGUCAAUUUCGUCGUUAAUGCUUGUUUUUAGACCACGGUUUUGUCCAUCUGUUGUAGAGAUCCUUUAUAUUCUCCUCACAUACCAUGAGCCGCAUUCGAGCAUUUUCAUCUCCGGAACUUGCACCUCCCAUGACAAAUCAUACCGAAAGCUCAGAAGAUUACUUCUUUGAAGGUAUCGCAACGAAUGUUAAGCUGCUACUGAAACUAGUGCAAGAUCACAAUGAGGCUCGGUCAAAAGAAAAUGACGAUCGGAAGGUGCAAAGGGUAGCUGGAAUGGUUAAAAUCAUCGAAGAUGUAAAAUCCAGGAUUGAAAAAUGUCAAACUUCUGGAAAGAAAAAGGAGUUCAGGAGGUGUAACACAGAUCUUAGGCCUAAUAUACCAGUCGACGUAAAGAAGCCCGACGAACUGGUUAUCGACGAGAAAGAAAAACUUAGAAAAGAGCUGAAUGCGAGCUUGGCUGCACGAAAGAGUCUUGAAGUAUUGUGUUCAAGUUUGGGAAAGGAAAAGGAGAUCAUAGCAUCAGAGCUUGCAAGAAAGGUUCAGGAAAUGAAUGGCAUGGAGGAACUCAUCAAUGAUCUUAAAGCGCAAAACGAAAAGUUGUCGAAUAAGGUACAAGCUUGUGCUCAAGAGCACAAGGAGAGGAAGUAUGGCAAGGCAGAGACUCAAGGGGUUGCAGGCCUGCAGGAGAGAAACAAGGCUCUUUCGGCGCAACUACUCAAGUCGCUUGAGGGGUAUCGAUCCUUGAAGAGAAAGUUCAAAGAGGCAAAAGAGGAAAAUGUUGGAAUUCUUGCAGCAAUGGAGGAAGUGGGGAUGGAUGCACAAGCUGGCAUUAGCAGACUGCGCAGCUUCAGACAACGGAUGGCUUCGAGGGCUGAAAAACCACCACUGGAUAUUGAAGAGGAGAUUUCAGCUCUAGAGCACAUGUUUGAGGGCUUUAACAUGAAGAUAUCAAAGCAUGAGCACAAGAUGAGUGAGCGUGCGGAUCUAAAAACUGAGGUCAAUUUCAGAGAGUCUUCUGUUGUUGCAUGAGAAAGAAUUGAGAAGAAAGAGUUAUCAUUGACUAAAAUCCAGACAUGCCUAAUUUGGAUGUUUGGGGUUGUUUUAUCCUUUUCUGAUAUUAGAGACAGGAAAACAAAGUUUUAUUUCACCCUGGGAUUACUAAAAACAGGGAAGCAGUGGUAAGAUGUCAAAGUAAAAGGGGCUGGUGGUGUUGCGCAUUGUUUUUAAUUUGCAAUUGACUAAUGCAGGUUUCCAAAUUACGUUCA